AGGGAGGUAAACAAAAACUCCGGCCUUGAAAAUAGAUCAAAAAACGACAAAGCAGCAAAAAGUGAACACAGAAUUUUGAAGUAAAGAUGAACCCUUUUGACCCAGAGCUGUUAGAAGCUCUGAUGAUUGCUAGGAUGAAUAAUCCUGGCAUGUUCCAGAGCUUCUGGGAGUUGGAUGAACAAGGAGUUGAAGAGGAAUCGGAAGAAGAAAUUCAAAAGGAUCCAAAGAAGAAGAUACUGUGGGCUGCGGAGAACAAUCACCUUGACAUUGCCAAAAGUCUACUGGAGGAAGACCCCUCUCUGGUUAACAGUCGCGAUAGUGAUCUCUACACCCCUUUACACCGAGCAUGUUAUAAUGGACACACAGGAAUGGUAAAGUUUCUCAUUGACCACAAUGCAGACAUAGAAGCACAGACAGAAGAUGGGUGGCAUCCCAUUCACAGUGCAGCAAGGUGGAAUCAAGCAGAAGUGAUUUCUGUUCUUCUGGAGCGUGGGGCAGACAUAAAUGCCAGAACCAAUAGCGGACUAACUCCCCUUCAUUUAGCGUCCUCAGAAAAGGAAAAUGGAGAGGCGAUCUCAUUGCUUUUAUCAAACUGUAACCUCAACACAGAAAUCAGGAACAGUUUGGGAGAAACUGCAGAGGAUAUCUGUUCUAGAACAAGUGAACAUUGUAAACUCUUUGAGGAAAGGAGAAAAAGGUUGGCUCAACAGAUGACUAGUGUGCAUCAUCAAGGAGGAAGUAUGGACAAUGUGGAUCAUCCAGAAGGCAACCAGGGUAAUUUGGGUCACUUGGAGGGAAAUCAGGGUCAUAUGGGUCAAGUGGAUGGAAAUCAGGGUCAUGUGGGUCAUGUGCAUGGAAACCAGGGUCAUAUGGGUCAUGUGCAUGGAAACCAGGGUAAUAUAGGUCACCAGGAAGGAAACCAGCAUCAUAUGGAUCAUCUGGAUGGAAAUUCAGGUCAUAUGCAUCACGUGACUGGAAGUGGGUCAGUAGAUCCUCAAGGGAACUUUGAUUAUGAUACAACGGAAACUGAAGAUCUCUCAGGGGAAGUGUUGAAUUUAUCUGACAAUGUUGCUCAGGGAUUUGAAGACUUGUAUGUUUCUAUGGAUACCUAUGAAAAGAAUUCUGAAUCAGAUCAGUUUGAAAAUAAUGAUCAAAACCAUUAUGCCAUGGAUGAAAACCCAUAAUCAUAAUUCCAAGACUUUGAUUUUUUUUAUAAUAUGCCAAGCAAAACAAAGUAUGUUUCCUUCUGUUUUAAAGAAGGGUUUAUGGACUUCAGGGUUUUUGUUUUGUAAUAUGCACAUCAUUGACAUCAAGCAUUGAUUCUUUAUAAUGGUCAGUGUGAUAUUAUGCAAAGCAUAACCGAGUUUCAGCACAAUCAUUUUUCAUGGUCAACAAUGUUGGAUGUUAUUUUUAUUUUACUGUGUGUCUCAUUAAGGAAUGCAAGAUAUUAAAUGAUGUUUUCAACACUACUGGUUAGAAACCAGAAGAGUUUUUGCCAUAGUAAGAUGUCUAGUGUCCAUCGGUCUGUCUGUCCAUUUUUUUAAUGAACACUC